CCGGGCGCGCAGAGCCACCAUGCCGAACUGGGGAGGCGGCAACAAAUGCGGCGCCUGCGGCCGCAUCGUCUACCACGCCGAGGAGGUGCAGUGUGACGGGAGGAGCUUCCACCGGUGCUGCUUCCUCUGCAUGGUCUGCCGGAAAAACCUGGACAGCACAACCGUAGCCAUUCACGAUGCUGAAGUUUACUGCAAAUCUUGCUAUGGGAAAAAGUACGGCCCGAAAGGUUACGGCUACGGCCAAGGGGCAGGCACGCUCAACAUGGACAGGGGGGAGAGACUGGGCAUCAAGCCCGAGAGCACACCCUCUCCCCAUCGACCCACAACAAAUCCAAACACUUCAAAGUUCGCUCAGAAGUUCGGAGGAGCAGAGAAAUGCUCCAGGUGUGGCGACUCCGUUUAUGCAGCAGAGAAAGUAAUAGGAGCUGGAAAGCCAUGGCACAAAAACUGCUUCCGAUGUGCCAAGUGUGGAAAAAGCCUAGAAUCUACAACCCUAACUGAAAAAGAGGGAGAAAUCUAUUGUAAAGGUUGUUAUGCCAAGAACUUCGGCCCCAAGGGAUUUGGGUACGGCCAGGGGGCUGGGGCCCUCGUCCACGCCCAGUGAAGGGGGCACGGCUCAAAACCCCUUACAGCUCUGCUGAGAUCCUGCUACAAGAAAGAAGAGAGUUUCCUAAAUGUCGCUACCUACUGUGAAACAGAUACUAGUUACUGUAGUGCUCGGGCCAUACAUUCAGCAGACAAAUUGGUUUUUUUAUUUUAGAAGCACUGCUUUUUUCCUCGCUUUGUGUAUCACACUGUAACACUUUUAAUACUGAGUAUCAACUCAAUAAAGCUUUGCUUGUUGAUAUA